GAGGCGGGACCUGCUCCCAUUGGCCGCUCCUCGAUCCCGCUGCUGACCCUGAAACCAAAGAUACUAAACUCACUCACUACAAGAUCUUUGCCUGAAACAUCGCCCGUUCCUUCCCUCUCUCCGCUCUAUGAUCUUUAGUCCCGGUCCCGCCCCGGGCCGAGUCUCCCCAUCGACCGCAUGGAAAUGGCGGCGGAGAAGCGGCAGUUGGUGACGUCGCUGCCGACGGACCUGAGGGUUUAGGAUCCGUUGCUGUGGGCGGAGAGAUGGGGAUGUGAGCGGCCAUUGAGGGCAGCCAGGGUGCCGGUGAGACCUGCCCCCCCCCCCAUUUGCUCGGUGUGCGGGCUGAGCUUUGGAGGAGGACCCAUGACGGGGCACAACAAGGAGAAGCGUUAUGAGUGCGACAUGUGUGGCAAGGCCUGGCGGAACCCGAGCCGGCUGGAGAUCCACCGACGGGUGCAUACGGGAGAACGCCCCUUUGACUGCUCGGAGUGCAGCAAGAACUUCACCUGCUACGACACCCUGCUGCAGCACAACCGAGUGCACUCCAGCGAGAGGCCCUUCACCUGCUCCGACUGCGGGAGCGGCUUCAAGACGAUUAAUUACCUGAAGUAUCACCGGCGAGUGCACAUGGGCGAGAAGCCCUAUGGCUGCUCCACCUGCGGCAAAGGCUUUGUCCGGAUGUCAGGGCUGCGGGACCACCAGCGGGUACACAGCAGUGAGAGGCCCUUCACCUGCUCCGACUGCGGCAAAGGCUUCAAGUCGUCCAAGGACCUGAAGAAGCACAGACGCGUGCACACCGGGGAGCGGCCCUACACCUGCAGCGACUGCGGCAAGGGCUUCACCCAGUCCAACAAUCUGCUGGUGCACCAGCGCACCCACACCGACGAGCACCCCUACAUUUGUGCCCAGUGCGGCAAGGGCUUCGCCCAGUCCAAUCACCUGCUGGUGCACCAACGCACCCACACCGGCGAGCGCCCUUACACCUGCACCCAGUGUGGCAAGGGAUUCACCCAGUCCAAUCACCUGCGGGAGCACCAGCGCACCCACACUGGCGAGCGCCCCUAUACCUGCGCCCAGUGUGGCAAGGGCUUCACCCGCUCGACCAGGCUGCUCUCCCACCAGCGGGUGCAUGCCAUCGACCAUCACUUCCUCAGCCCGGGAGGGGAGCAGAGUCAGACCAUGCUGUCUGCAUAA